UUCUCUGAUUCUCAAAUUAUGAACAUUAGCUGCUUAAAAACGAAAAACGAAAUUGUUCUUUUACUUAUGAACAUUAUUAGCUGCUUAAAAUUGUUUCUGGAUUCUCUGAUUCUCAAAUUAUGAAUAUUAGCUGCUUAAAAUUGUUCUUUUACUUAUGAACUUUCUCUGAUUCUCAAAUUAUGAACAUUAGCUGCUUAAAAUUGUUUCCGGAUUUGUCUUUUACUUAUGAACAUUGGCUGCUUAAAAACGAUAAUUGGAUGAUACUAAAAUUGUUUCAAGAUUCUCAGAAAGUAAUAAUUGAUUCAUCAAUUAUUUUUCUAUGUUUAUGGUGUUCGAUUUUCAUUUCUAUGGAAAUCAUCACAGUGUUUUGGUUAUGGCUUGUAACUUAGUUGCAAUUAUUGGUUUAACUUUGAAUGAACUUUAUAUGUUAUAAGCUGAGAACUUUAAUAUGUCAUAUCUGAUAAUUAGUUUACUUGAUUUUUAGAGUAAAAUGGACAAGUCUUGGAUAACAAAACACCGUUUAUCUCAAGACUACAUAAAUGGAGUCAAAGAGUUUUUGGAUUUUGCUUUUGGUUAUAGUAAGACAGAUAUGACCAAAUGUCCUUGUCAGCGUUGUUUUCUUGUUAAACACAAGAAUAGGACUGAGAUUGAGGGUGAUUUAGUCUGUCAUGGUUUUCUGCCUACGUAUACAAAUUAAUUGGUAUCUCCAUGGUGAAGAACUGGAUUUUCAAGAGCAAGAAGUGAGACUAGAACAUGAAUCUGAUGAUGAUCAUGUUGAAAACCCGACUAUGAAUCUGCUUGGAGAUGUUUUUCCAAGUAUGAGUAAUAGUUUUAACGAUGAUGCUGCUAGUAUGCCUACUAUGGAGGAUCAUUCAAAGCAAAAUGAGGUGUUUGAUGAUUUGCUAGCAGACUGCAAUGAAGCUUUGUAUGAAGGGUGUCACUCUUUUAGCAAGUUAUCAUUCAUGCUCAAGUUGUAUCACAUCAAGUGUAUAACUAGAAUCAGUGACAAAGGAAUGUCAAUGAUACUUGACCUUUUGAAAGAAGCUUUUGAGCAUGCAAAGUUCCCAAUUACAGAAAAGAAAUGGCUUGGAAAGUGAUUCAGAAAAAGUUCUGGUUUGAUAAUCCAAGGAGGAGGAAGAAAUAUGUUUUAUCUGCAUUAGGAGUCAGAUGCAGAGACUUGAAACAACGCAUUUGGAUGAAGUACAGAAGAAAUACUAUAGAGGAAGCAUUUGAAGCAAGACCAGGACUUAUUCCUGAAGAUCAUUGGAAAGAAUUUGUGGAAAUGCAGUUCACUGAUAAGGCUAAGAGAGUGAGAGAGCGUAAUAUUAAUAGUCGAAACAAUCAUAAAAUGCCACAUACACUUGGAAAAAAGAGUUUAGCAAGAAAAGCUAAUGAGAUGGAAGAGGAGACAGGCAAAGAACCAAAUCGAGCUGAACUUUUUAUUGCAUCAAGGACUAGAUCAGAUGGAAGUUUAUUGAGCAACGAAGCAAGAAUCACUGUGGAUAAGCUUUCCCAAGUAAUGAUUAAGAAUAUACAAGAUGAAGCAUCCAAUACUGAGUCUAGACCAUAUGAUGCAUUUGAACAAGUGUUUGGUUCUGAGCCUACAGGUCGAGUUCGAUGUGUUGGACGUGGAGUAACACCGUCCAAGUAUCUUUUGGAUCAGGAAUCUGUGAUGUCGUCUAAUGCUGAGAUUUUGGAGCUAAAACCCGUUUGAAAGGACUUGAAGAUAAGCUAGAAAUCGUGACAGAUGCUCUUUUUGUUCUUGUUAAAUCGAAAACUGAAGGAAGAUACUGAAGUAAGUUCACAAGGGUACUAGAAGAAGAAGUGCAUAGAAAUAUGAUCAGAUAUAGCAUAUCAUAUGUUUUUAUUUUUAUAGCUGAAUCAGAUAUUCUUGUAUCAGACUUUGAUCAAAUAUUGUUUUCUAUUUGACUUUGGAACAUGAAAAUAUAUAAUUUAUUUGGUUA